GAAGCCAUAAAUGAUGUUGACUUAAUCCUGGGUACGACUGAAGAGAAUCUUAAACAACUUCGCGAUGGAAAGACGCCUCAACUUCAAGCUCCGAGACCAAAAGAACUGCAAAGAAUUUUGUUGGAACAUCAGAGGAGUGUCUCUAAGAAUGUGCGGGACAAACAGACGGAGGAACGUGACAGAACACCGGGAGAUGAUGGUGAGAAUAUCGAGGAACAUCGGAGGUUAGUAGUGGUAUAAGAGGACAUUUUUUUCAAUUUCGUGUAUUUGCCAUGAAAAGUGUUCGAAACCUAAAAUCUUUUUGGCAUUCCUCAUUUCCUCUCAAAAUUAUUAGCUUUAUUUUGUGGUUUACACAGUUAGCAACCUUCCAAAAUGUAUCUGGUGGUUGAGAAACACAAAAUAAUAGUUAAAUAUUUUCAAUUUAAAUGCAAUUAUCAUUGAUACUGUAAAACUGACUCCAUAUUUAUACAGCAAUAUAAGCAAAACUUACUGAACUUCAGACAUCAUUUUCUCUUUGGCGUACCAUCUAAAAUCUGUUCAUUUUUAGCAUAAUUUUACAGAUAAAACACUGAAUAUACUUUUUAAGUUUGUUUGCCGCUUGAGAAACGCACAGUAUCAAGAAAGAAAAAAGUUCAUAAGCAAGUGGAAAAGUAUAUUCAUAUAGUUUUGAGCGCGUGUUACGUAACAUACAAAAGAUUCUCCUCUUAAUUAACUGACUGUUGUAAUUGUCUUAUUAAUUAAACAUGUGGAAAUGAAAACAAGAACCUCUUUCAAACUAUGGUAUCGUCAAUAAUAAACAGGGUCCCCACGGUCCUUGAAAAUCCUGGAAUGUCAUUGAAUUUGUUAAAAAAUAUCCAGGCCUGGAAAGUCCUUGGAAACUGAUAAGGUCCUUGAAAGUCCUGGCAUUUUUUUUCAGGAGGCUGGAAAUAAUUGAAGAAUAAGGGACCGGUCAUUAUUUAUGGCGGGGGUGGCACCGAAGAGAAAAGGGUUGGGUAAACAAAAUUUUGAGUGAGUAAAAGGUUGGGUAAAUGAAAAAGAAAACAACUCAAGGGUUGGGUAAUAAAAAUUUAUCGUUAUUUCCAAAGCAUGACUCACUGAAAUAUUGGAGACCAAAAAGGACUGUCAACAGUCAGAUGUCAAUAUAAUAUGUGAAUCAGAGUCACUAUCUUGAUAAUUUUCCGAUAUGUUGAGAGACAGAUGGUGUCUCCAAAGAAAGUACAUGUGCAGACAACAUGAAACUUUAGACUGCAGAAAAUUGCACAGGCAGUUAUCAAGCUCAUGUCACAGAAGUGGUAAAGGACAUGUGUGACAACUGAACGGUAACCGUUUGUAAAGUUUUUGGCCAGGAGUGGGUAUUUAUUUUUUAAUCGAUAUUUGAGGUUGGGUAAUCAAAUUUUUGACUUUUUAAUGGUUGGGUCAGCACAAUUUUUGCCACAAAAAACAUUUCUCUUCGGUGCCACCCCCACCAUAAAUAAUGACCGGUCCCUUAUUACCAGAUCAAGGAUUAUUGCCCAAAUGUUUAUUUUCUCCAGUUUCAAUUAAAAUUAUGUAUAACAUUUGUCCAAAAGUUGUUUCGAUGUCAUUUUUUUUCUAAUUGCAUUCCUCUCCUUAAGUUUAAGAAUAAAAGUUAGAUGAUUUUCAAAGAUUUUUCCAGUUGCCAGGUCCUUGAAUUUUCUGAAAAAGGUCCUUGAAAGUCCUGGAAAAGUCCUUGAAUUUCAUCUUCACUAAAAGGUGAGGACCCUGAAUAAACCAAGAAAUCUUUGUCAGAAAGCAAAAUAACAAACGUACAAACAUAAUGAAUUACCUCUUACCUAUGUAAUGUUUAGAAUGAAGAAUGAGCGAAGCAGAUGGAAGGCCAACAUCACCACAAGUAACAAGACCACAGCCAUUACAUCAACUUUCAUCCACAUCUGUGAACAUCGACCCCCCUCCUCCUUCCCCUCGGGAUGCAACAAACACUAACGACAAGACGAAUCCUCAGUCGAACGACAAAAGAUGA